UUGAACAAGCCGGAGUGUUGGUGGAAUGCCGACGAAACGUGCUUUGAAAAAGAUAAAGUACCAAAGAAAGUCGUUGCUCGUAGAGGAGCUAAGCGCGUUAGUCGCCGAGAGAUGGGUCCUCCUAAGGCCAACACAACAGUCACAUACGCAUUCUCAGCGAGCGGUGAUUAUGUGGAGCCGCUAAUUACGCUGAAAGAUUCGAAUUCGUCAGUGGCCGAAAUCGCGUUUGCAUUGGGAUCUGUCGGAGCAAAUUACGGUAUUAACCAAACCGAUUCAGGCUGGACUAAAACUGAGUCAUUUUACUACUUCGUCACCAUUCACCUUCACAACCAAUGGGAAGCAAAAAAUUCUGCCAAGCCUAGGAUACUCACAAUCGAUGGAUAUGGCGCCCAUUUCUCACCAAAACUUUUUCGGUGGUGUCGUCGUAAUGAUGUGGUAAUGAUCGUGUUGUAUCCCGGAGCUACUCCGUACAUGCAAAUGUGCGAUACAACUAUGUUUAGUCCGAUGAAACAGAAACAUACGCAACUCUACUCACAGUGGCGUAUGAAAAAUCCGACAAAGACUAUGAACGAAGUUGAAUUCGUAAAGCUUCUCAAGCAAAUCAACGAUGCAGUCAUAAAAAAGGAAUCCAUUGUGAACGGUUGGCGUGCAACAGGUCUGCAGCCGUUUAAUUUCAACAACCUCAAUACAGCUGGUCUUCUGUCCAAAUCACCGGAUCGAGUGUAUGACUUUAAGGGAUUUUAUAUCGACCCACCAUCUCAGACUGCAGCCGUUGUACAGCCGAAGGUGAACGUGAUAAGUGACGUCAUUUUGGAUCCUACAUCACAGAAUUACAUUCAUCUCAACAGUCUGUCCUCUACGCUGUAUCCGAGAUUUGGUGCACCAAUCAGUAAGUAAACGACCAAAUUUGUGAGU